AUGACAACGGAGCCCUCGCCCCGCCGCGCUAGGGUUGGCGAGCCGGCGGCGGACCCGCUGACGUCCCUCCCGCCGCCCCUGCUCGACGCCAUCCUCACCCGCCUCGACCUCCCCGACGCGGUCCGUACCUCCGCCUUCUCUCGCGCCUGGCGCCGCCGGUGGGAGGCCCUCCCCUACCUCUGCCUCUCCUUCGUCGACAACCCCGGCACGGCCCCCUUGGCUGUCGACCGCGUUCUCGCUCGCUACCCCGGCCGCAUCUCCAACUUCUCCUUCCACGUCGACGAGCACUCCUUCGGCCGCGUCGAUGACUGGCUCGUCGCCCUCUGCGACCGCGGCGUCAAGUCCAUCAACCUCCGAUGCGCCUCCCCCUUCAUCCUCCACUCCUCCCUCUUCUUAUGCGCCCAACUCACGCACCUGAAGCUGUGCCAUUGCGGCCUGCCGCCUCUCCCGGUGGGAUUCACUGGAUUCCCCAUGCUCAAGGAUCUAAAACUCAGCUUUGUCGAAUUCCUGGAGAACGGGGAGAGCCAACUGGAGGCGAUUCUUGUCGGGUCACCUUUGCUUGAAACCCUGAAUCUUCACUUUGUGGAUAUCCGUGGGAACGAUCCAUACUCAAAUGUGUGGGUGAUUCGCGGGGCCAACCUCCGGAGCCUAACGAUAAAUUCUGAUUUUGAGUAUGACUGGCAAGUUAAGGAGCUGCCAUACCUCGAUUAA